UUGAGAAAUUCAAACAUGGUGUCAGAAGUUAAUCUUUUCUGAUCGAUAGUAGUGUCGUGUCGCUUAAUAAAAUCGGUUCCGCAAGUGCAAAUGUUUUAAUCGGAUUGCAGAAGAGUAAAAAGAGAAACUUUUCGGUACUAAAAGGGAGCUUGUCGUUGCAUCAAAGAUGGCGUCAAGUAUGGAGCUGCGUUUGCCGCAGCCUUUGGACUGUUCCAAUUUGUCUCGCGAGUGGCCUAAGUGGAAGCAGAUUUUCUCAAUUUAUCUUAUUGCCACAAAUAAGAUGAAUGAGCCGGAGCAAAACAAAAUCGCCACAUUCCUGUGGUUGGUAGGCAACCGCGGAGUUGAAAUUUAUAAUUCGCUGUUUCCGAACGAUGGUAGCUUCGACGGAAUGUUCGGAACGGAACCAGGAAUGGAUGAGGAAGAAGAAGCCGACGGUGAAAGAGGUGAUGUGAAUCAUGUUGUUGUUGCUGCUGCUCGCCGUACGUUGUGUGAUGUCAUCAAAGCUUUUGAUGAUUACUGCCUUCCGAAGAAAAACAUAACUAUGGAAGCAUUCAAAUUUAAUGCCAUUAGGCAAAGUGAAAAACAGUCGUUUUCUAGUUUCGAGACUGAACUACGCACACAAGUGCAGUUUUGUGAAUAUGAGUGUACUAACUGUCAUACAUCGUACGCGGAUAGAAUGUUACGUGAUCGUAUCAUCGUCGGGGUUGAGGACAAAGUUCUCCAAUUGAAACUAUUGGAUGGAAGGGAUAAUCCAUUACAUCAAGUCGUUGAAAUGUGCAAAGUGUACGAAACAGCUGCUGCAAAUAAGCAACUGUUGGAUAGGAAUGGUGCCAUGGAGGUCAAGACAGUGAUGGAGCAAGCUGCUGUUUCCGAGCCACAGAAAGUUGAGCUUGUAAAACGAUCAUGCUUCAAUUGUGGGCAGCCGUUUGAUCGUCAACAUCGUCAGCAGUGUCCAGCGAAAGAAAUCAAGUGUAGGCGAUGUGGUAUCAUCGGACAUUAUCAGCGAUUCUGCAAAUCCUCGGAUGGCGGUAGGGAGUAUCGAGCACCAAGGGACGGGAGCAACAAGUUUAAUAUAAAAAACGUUCGUUCAAUCGACUGGCGUAACACAGAAUAAGUUCAACAAAUGAAAAUACCAAUCGGGUUAGAUGGAUGAAAACAUAUACUAUUCAGAACAGACCAGUGACAUUUAAACUAGAUACCGGAUCCGAUAUAAAUUGUAUCCCUCUCAAUGUCGCUAAAAGCUUGAAUGUGCAAUUGAUUGGUGGUAAGAAGUUUCAUGUUGUCGAUUAUAGUUCCAAUGAAAUAAAAAUUCACGGUGAAGUAAACCUAACCUGUAUUGAUACGGCUCAAGGCAAAAAGUAUAAUGCACCUUUCUUGAUAGUUGAUAAUAAACUGGAGCCUCUGCUGGGAUUGGA